GUGUGUGUGCGCGCGCUGGAGACAGUCAGAGGAGCCGCCGGUGGUGUUUGUGAUGGGAGUUAGCUUCAACUAGGAAAGGCGACUACCGCUUUAAGUGAAAGAAAACGAAACAACAAGCGGUGUCGGUGGCUCGCUUCUCCGGUGGACUGGGGUUACAGGGGAUUUCGAUAUGAUAUUUGUGGAACUAUUUCUCUUGGUUUGCUUCCUGCGGGACAUCACAGGCCAGUUCGAAAAGCCUUUGAACAAUUAUAUUCGUCAUUAUGAAGGUUUAUCGUAUGACACAAAAGCCCUGCACACCAGCCACCAGAGAGCGAGGAGGGCACUGUCACCUCAAGACAGGACGGUGCGGCUGGAUUUUCAUGCUCACGGAAGAUAUUUUAACUUGCGGCUGAAAAGGGAUACGAGCCUGUUUUCACCAGACCUCGUUAUUGAAGUAUCGGGGGAGGAGGCGCCCGUUGACACGUCACAUAUUUACACAGGAGAAAUUUUUGGUGAAAAAGACACGCUGACACAUGGCUCUGUGGUUGAUGGACGCUUUGAGGGCUUCAUUAAAACCCACCAAGGAAUGUAUUACAUUGAACCUUCAGAGAGAUAUCUGGGGGACAAGAAUGUGCCGUUCCACUCGGUCAUCUAUCACGAGGACGACAUCAAUUAUCCUCAUAAGUAUGGCUCAGAGGGCGGCUGUGCGGACCACUCCGUGUUCGAGAGGAUGAAGAAGUACCAGGCGUCGGCGGCAGAGGAACCAGUCAAAGAAGGGAACAGUGUGUUGGAAGAACACCACGCCUAUGGGCCUGUCGUUCUGAGGAGAAAGAGAGCGGCAGGGAAAGAGAAGAACACCUGCCAGCUCUUCAUUCAGACCGACCACCUGUUUUACAAGUACUACGGCACAAGAGAAGCAGUCAUUGCCCAGAUCUCCAGCCAUGUGAAGGCCAUCGACUCCAUUUACCAGGCCACUGACUUCAUGGGCAUACGAAACAUCAGCUUCAUGGUUAAAAGGAUCAGGAUAAAUACCACCCUGGAUCAAACGGACAGCACCAAUCCUUUUCGCUUCGCCAACAUUGGAGUGGAGAAGUUUUUGGAGCUGAACUCUGAACAGAACCACGACGACUACUGCCUGGCCUACGUCUUCACUGACAGGGACUUUGACGAUGGUGUUCUCGGCCUGGCGUGGGUUGGAGCUCCUUCAGGAAGUUCUGGAGGAAUCUGUGAGAAGAGCAAACUCUACUCCGAUGGGAAGAGAAAGUCCCUGAACACCGGCAUCAUCACUGUGCAGAAUUAUGCCUCACAUGUCCCUCCCAAGGUGUCACACAUCACCUUCGCUCAUGAAGUUGGCCACAACUUCGGCUCUCCUCACGACUCUGGAAUCGAAUGCACCCCGGGAGAGUCCAAGUUGCAGGAGAAAAAGGAGCAGGGGAACUACAUAAUGUACGCCCGAGCCACAUCAGGGGACAAGCUCAACAAUAACAAGUUCUCUAUCUGCAGCAUCCGAAAUAUAAGCGCAGUUCUGACAAAAAAGAGAGAUGACUGCUUUGUCGAGUCCGGCCAGCCCAUCUGUGGGAACGGACUGGUGGAAGCUGGAGAGCAGUGUGACUGCGGCUACAGCGAUCAGUGUAAAGAUGAAUGCUGCUACAGCGCCAACGAGGGAGAGGGCAAAAGGUGUCAACUUAAACCCGGAAAAAUCUGCAGUCCCAGCCAAGGUCCCUGCUGCACCCCACAGUGCACUUUCAAGGAUAUGAACGUCAUGUGCCGAGUGGAGUCCGAUUGUGCCCUGGAAGGCCGAUGCAACGGAGCUACAGCUCAGUGCCCUUCUUCAGAACCAAAGGAAAACUUAACCCUCUGCCACGAAGACACACAAGUCUGCCUGAACGGGGUCUGCUCUGGUUCCAUUUGUGUGAAAUACGGGCUAGAGGUUUGCACCUGUGCCAGUCAGGAAGGACAGGAUGAGGCAGCAGAGCUGUGCCACGUUUGCUGCAUGGAGAAAAUGAACCCCAGCACCUGCGCCAGCACAGGCUCCGAAAAAUGGGUUCAGUUCUUCAACAAAAAGAUCACGACGCUGCAGCCCGGUUCACCCUGCAACGACUUCAAGGGAUACUGUGACGUGUUCAUGAGGUGUCGUCUGGUGGACGCCGACGGGCCUCUGGCCAGGCUAAAGAAAGCCAUAUUCAAUGCAGAGCUUUAUGAGAACAUCGCAGAGUGGAUAGUGGCUCACUGGUGGGCGGUGCUGUUGAUGGGCAUCGCCCUCAUCAUGCUGAUGGCUGGUUUCAUCAAGAUCUGCAGUGUCCACACUCCCAGCAGUAACCCCAAACUGCCCCCGCCAAAGCCACUGCCAGGUACGCUGAGGAGGAGACGACAGCAGCAGGCCCAGGGCCAGCGCCACCCCCGCCAGUACAGAGAGAACUAUCAGAUGGGACAGAUGAGACGCUGAGACGCCGCUCGGCUCGGCUCGGCUCGGCUCGGCUCGGCUCGGCUCGGCUCGGCUCGGCUCGGCUCGGCUCGGCUCGGCUCGGCUCGGCUCUUUGCCUUGGUCCUUCCUAGUGCCUAACAAUGGGAGCACUUCACUCCAAAGAGUUACCUUUACCACCGAUUGCAAAACUCAAAGAACUUGCAACUGAAACCAUUUUAAUGGACAAAGCCCAGGGUUUUGGGGCCUAACAAACUUACUCAGCACCUCUGCUCCAAGAGCCUGUUCAGCAGUGGUUCCAUAGCUUUUUAUAGGAAAUACUUGUUUUCCAAGGAGAGACGGAGAGAAAUUCACUGAUCUCUAUUAUGUGGUCUUAAAUUUAUUUUCUUUAAAUGCUUUUUUUUUUUUAAAUCACAAUGGAGGGAAGGGAAGCAGCUCUUUGCUGCUUUUUCUCCCAUCUGUCUGGUUUUCCUGCUCUUCCACUCUGAAAUGCUGCCACCUGGAGUUUGAUAGCAGGACUGCAGUUUUUGCCGCCAAUCAAUAACAUCAUGUUGACACUGUUGGAAUAAAACUCCUUUUUUUUUUUUUUUUUUUUUUUUUUUUUGCCAAUGUGAACAGGAUGUUUUUAAAUCAAAGGUUUCACCACAAACCGAAUCUUUUCAUUUUUGAGUCAUACUUGCUUUUUGUGUGCAGCUGUAAAGAUGUUGAAAUAGUUUUUUUUUCUGUGUUUAUAAUGAAACUGAUUUUCUGUUUGAUUAAGAUAAUUUACUGUUUUACUUCACUUUCUCAGGUUCAAUAAAAUAACAGCAAACAAGUGUAAAGAAAAAAAAAAAAGACCGCAUGCUUAAAGUCAGGGUGAAGUUCCCCUGAGCUGCGGGUGUUGUG